AUGACUACCACAGAAGACUGCCUGCCAUUCGUGGCCAGGACCAUGGUCUCGGAAAAGCCGAGCCGAGAGCAACGUAAGGCGGGGCCUCGAGCUUCGAUGCGCAUCUGGUUGGGUGGUGGAAGUGUGGGGAAAUCUUUUCGACACGAGGCGUCAAAAGACGGCAGGCUCAUCUGGACGCCCAUGGUCUGGCCCUCCAGUUCCUCGCAUCCACAAAUCGAGUCCCUUGUGAUCUCGCUUGUCUGCAAGAGUCGGCAUUCCAUCAGUCAUUCUACCACAUCCAUAUCUCCGCCCGGGACUCAUACCCAGCAACUCCAGGGCAUCCAGGGCAUCGACCAACAGACGUCACAUCCGAUCAGACCGCUGGUUCUCGUGUACCCGCCGGCGUUGACUCUCGCCUGGCCAUCAACCGCAAAACGGCGAGACUCCAAGUUCUUCCGGAUCGUCAUGACAAUCGCUGGACUAUCACGACCGCCAACUGCUACAACAUGUGGUAGUACGCCACCUUUCAAACCAAGCACGCCAAGUUUGACACUGCGAUGGAGGGGACAGAGCUUCCAUUUUCCCCCUGCUGUUGCCCCACCCGUCGACCCGUUGACAGCUCCCCUCAGGCGCCUAGGGCCUUGACCAAGCCAAAUGUGCCCUUGCCUUGCCCCUCUGCCACCCAAACGGCAUUUGAGGUGCUAGACGGACAUCUCUCGGCUACGCAACUGUUUCGUUUCAAGCGGCUGCUGGCGAGCUGCACAGCCGGUAACCACAUCUAUCCUGCUAUGUACUCCCAUCUUAUUACCACCAUGCUCUCCGUCCAUUGUUAGCUCGGUACCUACUUACAGGGGGUCUCAACCAACAGGUGUUCGAAUCCCUUCUAUCAACUCUUUCUCACCUUGAAAUCAGCUGAUUCCAGCCAAUCAGAUUGUGCAGAUAGACGUGUUCUGCCUUGCAAGCCCCCCUGUCACCCCCCCCUUGUACUUGUAAGAAAACAUGAGGCGCGUCCGGCGCUAACAAACGUUCGAGUAUCGAUGUAGA